GAAACACGCGUUGACCAUCAUCCACGUGUGUUACAAAUUUGGUGUAUGUUCUAAUAAUUUAAAAAAUGGUUAAAAUUAAGAAAGAAAAAAAGAAAAGAAAUGAACCAGUAGUACCAGCAAAAGAUGAGAAUGUUGUGCAACUUCCACCGAUCCGAAUGUCCGAUGAUCCAACGCCAAAACAGGUUAAAUGGAUUAAUCGUCAACGAGUGCUGGUCUUCGCGGCCCGUGGCAUAAACCACAGACAUCGGCAUUUAAUGGAGGACUUGAAAAAACUAAUGCCCCAUCACAAAAGUGAAUCUAAAAUGGAAAGAAGCAAAAACUUAUAUGUUGUUAACGAAAUCAGUGAAAUGAAGAACUGCAAUAAAUGCAUUUUAUUCGAAGGAAGAAAGAUGCGGGAUCUAUAUCUUUGGAUGGCUAAUAUCCCUAAUGGUCCUAGUGCAAAAUUUCUAGUAGAGAACAUUUACACAAUGGGAGAGCUUAAAAUGACUGGUAACUGCUUGAGAGGCUCAAGACCUUUGUUAUCAUUUGAUCCACAAUUCACCAAAGACCCACAUCUUACUCUUUUGAAAGAGCUUCUGACUCAAAUUUUUGGUGUACCUAAGCACCAUCCCAAGAGCCAGCCAUUCUUUGACCAUGUCUAUGCUUUUAUGAUUCUCGAUAAUAGGAUUUGGUUCAGAAACUACCAAAUUCUAUCUGAAGAUGGUGCUCUUGCUGAAAUUGGUCCAAGAUUUGUACUUAACCCAGUGAAAAUAUUUUCUGGUUCAUUUGGUGGUGUAACAUUAUGGGAAAACCCUAAGUAUGUGAGCCCAGCUAAACUAAGACAGGCCUUCUCCAAAAAAGCUGGAAGCAAGUAUGAGAGAAGAAUCGAAAAGAAAGUUAUGAGCGAAGCAACAAGACCUGAGACUGGCUAUCCCGACAUAGAGGGAAGUGAUUUCUUCAAAGGAGACCCAAUUCAGAAAGCAGAGGAUGUUGUUAUUAAAGAGGAACUUAUGGAAGAAGAGGACGAGGGAGUAGAUGAAAAUGAGAAACCUGCAAAAGGCAUUAAGAAACCCAAGAGUAAACCUGAAUUUGCUAUCAGAAGGAAACAACUGAAAGCAAAAAGCAAAGCCAUUUCAGAUCAAAUAAAGAAGAGAAAGCAAAUAAAAACCAUAAAAGGCAAAAAACCUGUAAAGAAAUAAUUAUAUUUUAGAUACAAU